AUGAAAUUCUUGCUCUUGACCGUUUUCGUUUGCUUGGCCGUCUGCUUCAUGGCGACCAGCGCAGUUCCCGUCGAGGAGGCCAUACCCGAGGGUAUUGAGGGUAUUGGUAAUGAACCCGUCAACCCCACUGAUGAUCAGUCCAUCCUGCUGAAACUGAAGCUGCUGAAGAAACUCCUGUUCUUGGGCUAAGCCCAGCCUUUAUACAAUUGGAUUUUUAGUUUAC